UCGGUGUGGUGGCAGUGUCAAAGUGUCAAUUGUCACGUCACGUAACCUCACAAUUUUAAUUACGAUUUUUUUAUUUAAAAAUCAAAAAAACACAAUAAAUCCACCAUGGGUGACCCCCAAAGUGGGGAAAACUCGCAAUACGACUUGUAUCUGCAAGAAAUCGAAGGAGUUGACGAUUACUGGGGCCCAACUUUUAGGGCAAUUUAUGAUAACGACCAGAACGUAAAGUUCCGCGAGAAGUUAGACCAACGCAUCCAACACCACAACAAAGACAUUGAACGCCUUUGCAAUGUGUACUAUCAGGGAUUUAUUGAAGCAAUCAGAGAGUUGUUAGAAGUGCGAAACCACGCCAAAAAACUAAACGGCCAGGUCACCACCCUCGACACCCAACUGCACCAAGCAGCAAAAAACAUCUCAAAAUCGGGCAAUGAGCUGCUACAAGCGCGCAAAGUCCAGAGCAACAUUGCCGUCGUAAUCGCCCAACUUAAUCUCUGUUUGCCGGUUUUGACCUCUUAUUCCAAAUUAAAAAAACAAAUCGCGGAAAAACGUUAUUACCCCGCCUUGAAAACUUUAGAGGAGCUGGAACACUCACACCUGCUCCACGUGGCCAAUUAUCGCUUUUCUUACCAGUUAAGGGAGAGCAUACCGAAGAUUAGGGAAAGCAUCGAAAAGGCCUCAAUGUCCGACUUGAAGGACUUUCUGGAAAAUAUUCGCAAAUUUUCCCCGAAAAUUGGAGAAGUGGCCAUGAAACACACUAGUGAACAGUUGGCCAGUGACCCCACAGUCAUCGGACGCAAGAAAAAAAGAAUAGCGCCACAACCGUCAGGUGACGGCGUUGGUCACUUCUCUGAGGAGGAUUUAAGUGCCCAAGAAUUGAUCGAUUUUUCGCCGAUUUAUCGCAGUUUGCAUAUUUCAACAGUGCUUAAUACGAGGGCCACUUUCGAGACGUACUAUAGGGCCGAAAGGACGAAACAGGCCCGCUUGGUUUUACAGCCGCCCACUAAUAUGCACGAGUGUGAAGAGAGCUACCGUGCCUACAUUCACGCCGUCCUCGGUUUCUUUAUUUUGGAGGAUCACGUGUUAAACACCGGGAACGGGCUCAUAACCCGCGCCUUCUUGGACGAAAUGUGGACGAUGGCGUUGUCAAAAAUCGUCAGUGCUUUGCAAACACAUUCGGCGUAUUGUACCGACGCCACCUUGAUCCUGCGCAUUAAAGACUUGAUCAUGCUUUUUUGCACGACUUUGCGUAAUUAUGGUUAUUCGGUGAAACCGUUGUGGGAGUUGGUGCGUGAAUUACGUGACCAUUAUACCGAAGUUUUGAUGCAGAGAUGGGUGCAAGUCUUUCGGGAAAUUCUCUCGAAGGAGGAUUUUCAGCCGAUUCAAGUGUACGAUCUCGAGGAGUAUGAGCAUAUUUUGUCGUCGUUUCCAUGGGACGAGGACUUGCCCAACGAUGUGGUUUUCCCGCACAAGUUCCCCUUUUCGGGGAUGGUGCCCAAGGUCUACCAACAAGUCAAGGAGUUUAUUUACGCGUGUUUGAAAUUCUCCGAGGAUUUGAAUUUAAGUCAAGUGGAAGUCGACGAAAUGAUCCGCAAGUCGAUGAAUUUGCUCCUGACGCGGACGUUUAGCGGUUGUUUGUCGUCAACGUUUCGUAGCCCGCACAUCAAUCUUCAGGAAAUUAUCCAAAUAAUCAUCGAUACGGGCUAUUUGGAGGAAGCCACGGUCUACUUGGACCAGUUUAUUUCAAAUAUUACAGGGGAGGAGUCUCGAGGGGUGUCCACGGGAGUGGUCCAAGGCCAACCAGCCAUGUUCCGCGUGGCUCGUGAAGACGCCGUGCGCCAAAUUUGCGAAAAAUUGCGCCAAAAAUUGAACGAGUUUUACGAAUUGGAGAGUUAUGAUUGGCUGUUGGGUGAGCCGUCAGGACACGCCUCUAGUUACAUCUCCGAUUUGAUUGCUUUCCUCCAGACGACGUUUCAGAGUUUCACCAAUUUACCGCCGGAGGUGGCGCAAGUUGCGUGUAAGUCGGCGUGUGAACACAUUGCCAAUUCGAUGUUUCAACUGUUGAUGAAUGACGAGAUCAAGCAAAUUUCCAUGGGGGCCUUAAACCAAAUCAAUUUAGAUUUACUACAGUGUGAACAAUUUGCGGCCUCUGAGCCCGUCAAAGGCCUACAAGAGGACGUCCUCUUGUCGUAUUUUACCAAACUACGGGAGACUUUAGACCUGUUCACGUCAUGGGACUGGCCCACUUAUUUCCACGACUAUGGGCAAGAAACCAGCAAAUAUAAGCAAGUCAAUCCAGAUGAUGCGAUAGUAUUGCUCGAAAAAUUGAAAGAAGGCGAUAAGAAAACUAUGUUCACAGUAUUGAAAAAGAACGAAAGAGACAAGAAGAAGUUACUGGAAACGGUCCUAAAACAACUGAGACAGCUGACCCAAAUAACGCCCAACAAAUAACCGACUUGUUGAAUUAAAUAAUAAAUUUUAUUAAUUA